AUGUCAUUAGAGCUUGAAUUGUUGAAACAACGAGUUAUCAACCUUGAGAUUGAAAAUUCUUCAGUUUCUCCGAACUUAUCAGUAACUUUACAAACACCUAUUCCAUCAUCUAUUAUUGCUCAUUCUGGCACGGAUAAUAACACCAAUUCUGUAAAUCUCGAGCAGACACAAAGUGCUAUUUCUCCUGAAAUAAACUCUAACAAUAAUCUUGACCAUCUCAGCUCCACUGAAAAAGUAGAAAAUAUACUAGAUAAUAUAUCUAACCACUCUACGACCGCUUCCAACAAUUCUGAUAUACAUCAGGAAUCUAUCAUAUCUAGUCAUGAAGAAUUAGAGAUCUCCAUAUCUCCUAUCCCCGCGGAAACCAUAUCACUGGAAGAGAAAGAAGAAAACAAAUUCCUAAAUUCGAUGCAUAAGGAAACGGUUAGUAAAGAGAUAAUGGAGAGAAUUAGGAAGAAGAAACUUUGGGAUCAAGAGUUACUCUCAACUCCUGAUAUUUUGCAUGAGCGAAGUUUAAUACAAGAAAAAUGCCAAGAAAUUUUCGUCACGAACUUACGUGACGAUUGA